AUGAAAUCGGGACGGUUGGAGCACAAUAUUUGGCUGGCACUUACUACACUCAAUCUCAAAUACAAUCAAAUUGGUGAGGUUGGAGCACAAUAUCUGGCUGAUGCAUUACAGCACAAUACAGCACUUACUGCACUAUAUCUCUAUCGGAACAAGAUCGGUGAUAUCGGAGCACAAUAUUUGGCUGAUGCAUUAAAACGCAACAGGGUACUCACUACACUAAAUCUCGAACUGAAUGGAAUCGGGGAUGUUGGAGCACAAUAUUAUGCUGGAGCACUGAAACGCAACACGACACUGACUACUCUAGAUCUCUCCUACAAUGAUAUCGGAGAUGUUGGAGCGCAAUAUCUGGCUGAUGCAUUAAGACGCAACACAACACUUACUACUCUAGAUCUCUCCUACAAUGAUAUCGGAGAUGUUGAAGUACAACAUUUGGCUGAUGCCUUACAAUACAACACGACACUAACUACACUAGAUCUCUACGGAAAUCAAAUCGGAAAUAUUGGGGCACAAUAUCUGGCUGAUGCAUUACAACAGAACAUAAAACUCACCACACUCAAUCUCGAGCGAAAUAAAAUCGGAGCUGUUGGCGCACAAUCUUUGUCUGAUGCAUUACAACAUAACACUAUACUCACUACACUAAAUCUCUACAACAAUGUAAUCCCAGAUGUUGGAGCACAAUAUUUCGCUGAUGCAUUACAACGCAACAAAACACUCACUACACUGAAUCUGACGGGAAAUGCAAUUGGUAAUGUUGGAGCACAAUAUUUAGCAGAUGCAUUACAAUACAAUACAAAUUUUUGUAAUGUAAUAGUAAAACCUGAUCAAACAAUUCAACCAGAAAAAACAAAUCGUUUCGAAUUAACUGAACAUGGUCGUCUUUUAACAUCGAAUCAUCCAAGUGCAAAAGAACGUACACAAUGGCAAUAUGAAUAUCUUUUAAAACAAGGUGGUUUUCAUCUAAAACAAUUAAAUUAUACAGAAACACCAAUUUAA